AAUUUUGGGAAAUUGAGUUGCAGUUUACGCAUUUAAUUGCGGUUACAACGCUUUUGCAAUAAACGUAAAGCAAAAGCAUAACCAAAACAAUGGUCAUUACCAACAAAACAACGCUGCCAGAAGAGUCAGAGUUGGAUGUGCAGGAACUAAACCUCUCGUCCGCAGCUCUACGUGCAGGCUCUUUCCACUUAGGCAAACAAUGCGAAACAGCCAAUAAUGAGUUUAUGCUCUGUCGGCAAGAACUGGACGAUCCACGUGCUUGCCUGGCCGAAGGACGGGCUGUUACCAGCUGCGCACUUGACUUUUUCCGUAAGGUAAAGAAGAGCUGUCAUGAAGAGUUCAUGCAGUAUGCAACUUGCUUGGACAAAAGCAGCGGUACCAUGGCAUUCAGCCACUGCCGCAAUACUCAGGGUGUUUUCGAUAAGUGCAUGAAAGAUAACUUUGACUGGGAUCGUCCGUCUUAUGGCUACUUUGCGCGUGCCAAGGUCAUUCAAUCGGCUCGUGAACCACCAAAGAAAGAAGAACUCAAAUCGUACCCGGAUGCUUCGCCCGCACUGCCAGAAGACUAUCCAAAGCCACCAGCAAAGUACGGCUCACGUUUCCAUUGGCUGGAAUAGACAGCACCGCUUAGUGAAAUUGAGGCAUUAAUUUAAAUGGGCCAUUGACCUAUCGUGUAAUUAAUAACAUGCAUAAAAUCUUGUUUCCAUUAGUA